AUGGCCGCGUCGCUCCUUUUCCUCUCCAUCACCGCUUUCUCCAUUCUUCAAUCCGCAUCAGCUUCUUCCUCCGCCUGCAUCCCUACACCUCCGUCGUUUCUCUAUCAUCUUCAAUCUCAAUGCCCAAUCUACAUCCAAUCCAAUCCACCGCUUCAGGUGGAUGGAAAUUUCAUAGAAGAAGUUCUAUCUGGCAAAAAGAAGACGGAGUCUGUCUCUAUACUCUUCUAUGCUUCCGGAUGUCCAUUUUCACGCAGAAUGCUUCAUAAAUUUGAAACUCUUAGCUCCAUGUUUCUUCAAAUAGAUCAUUUUGUUCUUGAGCGAUCGUCAGCUUUGCCAAGCUUAUAUUCAAAGUAUGGAAUCCAUAGCUUGCCCUCAAUAUUAUUGGUGAACCAGACCUCAAAGUUGAGAUAUCGCGGUCCAAACGAUUUUCUCUCUCUUUUGGAGUUUUAUGAAAGAAACACGAGGUUCGAAGCAAGUAGUAAUAAUGCCAUCGGUGAACCAAGCAGCAUGAUGAUGACAGGCGAUGAGAAUUUGAGUCUGAAGUCAUUGAUGGGUCUGUCACUUAAAGAAGCAUCAGUAAGGGAACCUUACUUAGUGUUCUCAUUGAUGUUUAUCUGUUUGAGGAUACUUCUUAUUGUAUUUCCCAAGAUCCUAUUGCGUCUCCGAGCAUUCUGGGUUUCCUGUAUUCCUAAUCUGAACAUGCAAAUAUUUGGCGAGACAAGCCAAGUGAUCGGACGCGUACUUCAAGUGAUUGAUGUGAGGAGGAUUUGGACAAAGCUGGGACUGUGCAAGACAAGGAUUUUUCACGAGAGGGCAAGGAGUGCGCGGGUUUUGGCUUCAUCUUUGGCUUCUGUUUCUCUCGGCGAGUCAUCAUCAGCUAGAUAA